AUGUCAUCCCUCAGAAUACCCGUGCCUGCAAAUCCUGAAGACGCACUACAAUCACAGAUGGGCAGUCAACAGGAACAGCAGAAGGCGCCUGUACAGAAACCGAUUGCACCACCCCCCACUGACAAACCAGUCUUUGCGCGUGCGGAGGUCGACGCAGAAGGCCACGAGGUGCAGAGGCAAUCGUCGUUCCACCAUCACCCUCCGCAUCUGUACCAUGAUCUGGAUGGCGUGGCU